AGCCACACUUUUAGCAUGAAGGAUGAAAAGUAGCCAGGACAACAAUGUGGGUUGUGGCAGUGUUUGGGGUGACAGUUUUAAUCAGCUUGGUCUUGGUCUGUGUUGGUUGCAGGGAAAGGGAGAAGCCUUCCGGUAAUGGACCAGGUCUAGAGAAUGGGGUAGCUGUAGCUGAAAACGAAAACCAUGCACUGGACAAUGUCGCUGUAAACAUGAACGGAGACCCCAGUAUUUCACGAGAAGGAAGUGUCAGUUCGCGGGGUAGUGUUAGGAUUACAAUAACCAACAUGGCUGAAGCUAACGGAAAUAUACAGGAUCUAGACAGUCCAGGAGGGGCCUCACAAAGUUCUGAUGGAGCUAAAAGUAUGGCUGACAGAGAGCUGCCCAAGCUUCCUCCAGCCCAGGAAAUAGACGACAACGACCACGACUACGACAUGCUGGAUGAUCAGAAAAUGUUGUAUACUGCGCUCACGCCACCAACAUCUGUCGCACGGAUGGUUGAUUACGAUACUAUUGAGAACCUGCAAAUGGGAAUGACACAGAUUGACAUGGAGUGUAGUUCACAGCCCCGAGGUUGUUCGGACACACCAGACUACGCUACUGUUGAGAAGGAGACUACUAUUUGUUUUCCCUCCACGUCUGGUGUCCGGAGACCGUCCUAUGAAGCACUGCCGGAGAUGGUGCGACGUGAUUCGUAUGAUGCGCUGCCCAACCUCCGCAGGCCCAGUUAUGAGGGAAUGCCCUGUGAGGAGAGGAGACCUAGUUAUGAGUGUAUGGCUGAGACGAACAAACCCAAAUCUAAAAGACCAGUGCUUGAAAGAUCACAAACAGUUGGACCCGUCGGGCGACCCUUCUCAGAGGUUUACGAAUCCCCGGGUAAGCCUAUCGACAAGGGUAGAUCAGGCAGCGAAAGGAGAGCUAAAGAUAACGAGGAUUCCGUUUCUGUUAUAUACGCCUCCAUUAAUCCUGAUUUUAGGACAAAGAAACAAGAAUCAAUUGAAAAGGAAACAGUCGAAUACAGCACAGCUGUGGAAUUUGCACCACCAGUACCUGAAAAUCCGUAUGCCAUGCUGGACAAUCUUCUCGAGGAUCUCCAUAUUCCCAACCCUGAUCUCGUAAACUUGCCUACUCCUCAACAUCAAAACAAUGAUACAAGAGAAAACAUGGACGAGAGAAUAUAUGAAGAUCUUGAAAAUAUGCGACCCAACAGUAACGGAGACAUUAUCGAGGAACUUUUAACGCCUUACUCGGCUGCCCGAAGAACCAAUCCUAUAAUUAUGAAAUCCUCGCCUUAUGCUAUCAGUAACACUACCACAGAAUUGACUGCAGCAGAAACUAAGAGGGUCGGUGAGCCUAAUUAUGAGGGCUUGAAAUGAAGUUUAUGAUUUGAUGAUUAGAUUAUUAUGUUAGUUUCUCAUCUAGCUUGCUUUGUUCAGCUAUACACCCAAAUUUGUGAAAUCAAAAUACUUAACCAUAGCUUUUUGAGAUCCAGGGAAAACAUCGUGUAGAGUGUGCGACAGAAUUACAGAGCUUGGGAAUAAAAGACUGAGAUUCAUCAAGCUUUAUGUUUUAUGUUUAUUUUGUUUAUUUUAUCAUGUGAAUUUUUUACUUUUUAUCGAGAAUGUCAUCUUGGUUUUGAUGACAUUUUUAGUUUUGACGACACUGGGACGAUUGUAACUUGUUAAUUCUGAUUCACUUUUUUGACAGAAUAAUUACUGUGUACUGACACAUUUAGCCUAGAUGAUAGAUCAUGUUUCUAUCCGAAACCUCAUUAAUAAUAAUGAGAUUUCUAUGCAUUUUAUUUUCCAAAUAUAUUUCUGAUAUUAAAUUUUUGUCUCUUUUGAGUGCACCUUUUUGUUUAAAUAUUUUCUGACAUUCAAUUAAUCGGACAUAGAAGUGUUUAGUUUGGCUCUUGACAUUAGAUAUUAAAUUGUAAGAAUUUAAUCGAAGCGAUCACGGAUUGAUCAUGAAGCAAUUACGGUUUUGAAAUUAUUGUUUGAGACUAUUGAAAUUUGUUUGAAUAUUCAUUUUGAUCUCAACCAGA